AUGGCAGGACAGACAUCCCCUUCAGACUGUUCUCAUCUCAUUGACCACAGCCACGUCCCUGAGUUUGAGGUGUCUCUUUGGAUCAAGGUCACCUUGGCCUCAGUGUAUAUCUGCAUCUUUGUCGCGGGCAUCUUGGGCAACAGCAUCACCAUCAAGGCCACCAGGAUCUUGCAAAAGAAAGGCUACCUGCAGAAGGAGGUCACAGACCACAUGGUAAGCCUGGCCUGCUCUGACCUGCUGGUCAUCCUGCUGGGCAUGCCCAUGGAGUUCUUCAGUGCCAUCUGGAGUCCCUUUUCCACCCCCAAUGGCAACAUGGCUUGCAAACUCUACUACUUCCUCUUUGAAGCCUGCAGUUAUGCUACUGUGCUGCACGUUGCCACUCUCAGCUUUGAGAGGUAUGUGGCUAUCUGCCACCCCUUCAAGUUCAAGGCUAUCUCUGGACCCCGCACUGUGAAGCUGCUCAUUGCCUUUGUCUGGGGGACAUCUGUCAUCGUGGCUCUGCCCUUGCUCUUUGCCAUGGGCACAGAAUAUCCCUUGGAAACUAUUGAGGGCUACCAAGGUACAACUGCCUGUGUUAAGCCUAUGCCCAGGCACCACAUCCCUGAGCUGAAGCACAAUGCAACCAUCUGUACCAACCUCUCCUCCAAGUUGACUGUCUUUCAGGCCAGCAUCUUCAGCGCCUUUGCUGUGUACAUCAUAGUGCUGGGAUCUGUCACCUUCAUGUGCCGCAGCAUGAUGAAAACCCUCAUGAUCAACAAGGAAGGAACUGUGACAGUGAAGGGUAGACUUAAACACCAGGAGCAGUACCUGAGAAAAAGUGAGAGCUCAGAGGGCAAGAGCUCCAGGAGACAGAUCAUUUUAUUCCUGG